UUUUUUUUAAAACCAGGUCUAUACUUGGUCUUUUGCGGUUUGUUUUACCUUUUUGGGCCAAAACAAAUCUUUUUGUGCAUAAGCACGUAAAAAAAAGUACAUGAGAUUGUGUAUAGUUGGGCUUCAAUUUAGGCCUGAAAGUUAGUCAUUGGGCCCAAAUCAAUCGCUAUUAACAGAAUCCAAUCAAUCCAUACCAUGAUACCAAUACUCUCUUCUCAUUUUGGCGCGAAAUAAGCAUCGUUCUCUGUCAGCGUCGGUCGUCGGAGUCACUUCCUUUCCCGCUGAUGUCCAAUUUACUGGAACUAACCGGUCUAUUUUCGAGACUCGCGUCCCAAAUUGAAACCGGAAAUGGCGAUACCGACAACGCCGACCAAUCAGAUGAUGUUUUAGUGGCAGCUCUGAAUCAAUCACUCAACUUGAGCGAACAAUCAAGGGUUAGGGUUUUGGACACCGCGUUGUCUUUGAUGUGUUUCACAUCCCCUCAGGUAUUUGAUUCGGUAAUUGAGUAUUCAGUGAAUACAAUCGUCUCGGUUUUAUCUUCAUUAAUCGAAUGUGAGGUCUUAAAAUCAGAUAAAUCAGAGGUUUUGCGAAUUGGUGGCUAUAUAUCGGCCCAUGACUGCGUGAGAGUGAUGGAAUCAUGUGUCGAUGUUCUGGGGAAACUAACUGAACAUGGAAUGCUUUCUCGUUCAUUACUGUAUGCUGUUGUUCGAGUAGCUGUGAUGAGGACUCAAUUCCAAUACACAAUGCAACUUACACCAGUUUUCAAUGUUCAAUCAACUGAAGAGAUGAGUCAUGCAUUGUCAAAAUUGGUGUAUUAUAUCCCAAAAACUAUUCCUACUAACAAUCAAGAAUUACAACUGAGGUUGCUAAUCUGGUAUCUUGACCCUCAAACUCUUCUAGAAGAUAUAUCACAACUAUUGCAAGAAGCUAUUGGGAGACCCUUUAUUUGUCUGAAUGAUGAAUUCUAUGAGAAGCUAAAAUGGCGAUCUGUUAUAAUUUUCUUGGCACUUUCUCCAUUGUUUUUCAUUGAAACAAGAUCUUUACUUCAUACCUGGUUUCUGCACACAGGUUUAGAUUCUGUAUUAGAGCUUCAAGUUGGAUUGGUUUCAAUGUUAUUAGAUCUACUCUCUAGACCAAUCUAUUGGGGAUUAUCUGCAGAAAUCGGAUCAAAGCUUCCAUUUUCAAAUGCAUACUUUCUCUCCAACCACAAUUUACUCAGAACAUUCAAUGAACCCUUGUCAUAUGAUGGAUUUCUUGAAUUGGUUCAUAAGAUAAAAGAUUCUACUCCUCAAACAAAUACAAUUUCAAUGGUGGAUCACAAAUCUACAUGGUCCAUAGCAAUGAACUUCCCAGAUUGGUUUUAUUUUGCUUCAUUUCUACUCUCUGGAAGAAGUUUUGAUUAUCUACAACAGACAUCAUCUUGUUCAGCUGCAGCAUCUUGGUAUAUUUCAUGGAUUCUAGAUCCUGUAACUGAAUCAGUUUCUGGUAUUUUGGCUGAAAAAUUGUCAAAAUUGUCAAAACCCUUAGUUAUUAAUCUUUCAACUAUUCGAAUUUGGCUCAAGGAAUUUCAAGAUGUAAAAGCAAUUGAUAUACAGAAGAAUGCAAUGUUUAGGAGGAUCACAUUUGGGAUCUUAAUUGGAUCUUAUUCUUCCAUAACUGAAGAUGGAUUCGAAUUGCUUCUUCAUUAUGUUACAACUGGUAUAAUUCUUCGGUCAACAGAAAGUCAACAUACCAGAUUAAAGGAAGCAGUUGCAUGUGCUUGUAGUGUUUUCAACUUAACUGAUAUUGCAGAAAGAAUUUCAGAUUCUGUAUGUGAUGCUCGAGAAAUUGCAGUUGAAAUUAUUUGCCAGAUUAAACUAAGGGUUGUUAAAUAUCUGAUCAAGUGUGUGAAUAGUUUGCUCCAGUUUCAAAUUGACCAAAAUAACCUUCUUUUGUAUAAGGAUCUACACAGAAGAAUGCUUCGAUGGAGAAAUCAAGGAAAAGAUGUUUUCCAUGGCUACAAAGACCUUGAUGAUGCUAUUAACACAAUCUCUAGUAAGUUACUUCAUUCAUGAUUCUAUUAACACAAUCUCCAUGUAAAAUGUAAAACACUACUUUUCUUUUCUUUUUUGUAUAUAUAUAACAAUUAAAAUUAAAAUGCCUUUUGGAUUUUGGUCUAAAGCAUAUACAAACAAAAUAAACCCUCUUACAAAUUACAAUACAACACUUUUUUAAAUGGCCAACAUGGCAGGCGAUAUGCCUUUACAUUUCCAACUGCACAUACCAACCAAUUAAUCGUUAUUUUCAUCUUUAUAUCUUCUUUACGUGUAUUUAGUAUUUACCAAGGAGUUGACUUUUUGACUUUUUGAUUUUUUGACUUUUUGAUACUAACUUCUUUUGACCAAAGUUAU